CCGCUAAAAGGGAACACUUAUGCUGAAAUUUUUGAUGUGGAAUGAAUAUGGGAGGAGAUGCAGGAGAAACUGCCCUAUGAAGGGAAGAUUUAUUACCUUUCCUCUACUGAUUCAAGAUGAGUAUAUCAUUCGCACUCUAAUUGCCUAAAAAAAAACUCGCUUCAUAUUCCAUAUGCAUAUUUCCAGGGGACAACUCAAGGUCGAUAAUGUUGUUUAUAAUGCGAGUAAAGAAGUUCUGCCCGCUACGUGUUCAAAAUGUUACACCAUAUUCUUAAAUGAGAAUUACCAAAACAGUUGUGAUGAAGGAAGUCCCAGUUUCACAACAACUUCUAUUUGAGAUGUAUCCGUCAUAGACGAAAAAACUCAUUAAGGUUUCUAACUGCUACGUGACGAAGACGAGGCGAUGGAGGCGUUUAACCAAGCUUACGACGAAUUUACGGGUGUUCAUUCUCUCAAGAAUGCAAAUUCAUCGAAAGGCUGUCAUGCUUUCAGCCUGAAAAGUUCUCCAAAGGACCGUUCGCAAGACAGAAAACUUCUUUUCAAGAUCUCUUCUCUGCUAGAAAAGAAAGAGAUAGAAGUCGCAUCUUACCCAGAAGAUAUCUUUGAAGAACAAGAGCACUCAGACAGCAGCGACAUUGACGUCAGUGGAGAACAAGGUUAUUCACUCAAUGAUGACGAAUGCGAUCAGGUUGAGAAGGACGUCAUUUUCACUGAGAAAGGCUGCGAUGAUAAAGUAAAACUCACAGAUGAGGAAAAAGAAACUUUCGUUUCUGAAGGACUUCCAGUACCAAGCAGGAUACCAUUGACAAAGGCAGAAGAGAGGGCCCUCAAAAGGAUUCGGCGUAAGAUUAAAAACAAGCUCUCUGCACAAGAAAGCAGGCGAAAGAAAAAAGAGUACGUCGAAGGUUUGGAGAAAAGGGUGGAGACGUGCAACUCAGAAAACAGCAUACUUCGACAAAAAGUAGACUCCCUUGAAUCGACCGUAAGGGCGUUGCUGACAGAGCUAAAUAGAUUACGUAAAGUUUCUCUGGAGAAACAGGGAAGAGAAAGACCUGAAAUGAGAAGCAAAGGAACUCAGACGGGCACAUGCCUAAAAUGUCUCAAGAAAAGAAACGCCGUUUACAAACAGAAAAACCUAGCAAGACUGGAACAUCUCCGACAAAAUAACAACCUCUGCACAUCUCAGCCUUACAGCUUGCACAAGCUUGAAACACAUAGAUGAGCCGAGGAGAUUAUAAUUGGCUUCCAAACAGUUCCUGUCCUACAGAUCA